AUGUCUUCCCGUUACACGCCCAAGCGCAUCCUUAAGAAACAACUCUCUCAGCAGGAACACAGUCUCAUGGAGGAUUGGGCGCCUGGGAACCUAAACGAGCAUCACAACAUUGAGACUGAUGCUCCCGUCUUAGCAAAACAUCAGGCCCCGAGCUCGAAACUGGUUAAACAAGGAGGGUAUACAGCCCCGAACGGAACUCACCUCUCCGACCACGAACUAGCUGAAUUAUCCCAUGGCAUUGAAAACUCGGAGUCGAAGUGUGUGACUUACUUUCAGCCUUGCUUCAUCGAGGAUCCCUGGAUGGGUCUCCCAUCUAUGAAGAUGGAAUUCACUACACGCUAUUGGUGA